CGUUCCCUGAGAGACCAGGCACGUGUCCGCCCGAAGCCGAGUGAAGCCGAGUGCUCGGGACCGAGGCUGUACCGGGUCUGUACCACGGACGUGGAGUGUCACCGGGAGAGAAGUGCUGUGACAAUGGAUGCGGAGUUCGGGAAUGUAUUCGGCUGAACCGAAGACCGAUGAGACGUAAACCAGGCACCUGUCCUGCACCGUCACCGCUACUGACGAGAGACUGUUCACGGGGGAGAAGGAACCAGUGUGAGGGGGACUUCGAAUGUCCAUUGAGACAGAAGUGCUGUUUGGACGGGUGUGUCAAGGUCUGCCAAAAUCCAACACCAAGAAUAGGACCAGGAAGGCGGCGCCCAAUCUUGUCUGACAGAACAGAUACGGAGAUGACUGCAGAACCUGACAUUGCAGGAGUGGCGGCCGCCUUCAGACAGCACGACAUCGUGCCUGAUGUGGUUGACACGGCACCUACCAUUGCUGCGGAGGUCACCUAUAACGUUACUGACGAAGACGUUAGUGUUGACUUUGGAAACGUGCUAACACCAACACAAGUAAAGUCCCCGCCCCAGGUGACGUGGCCAGUGGAGGACGGCGCCCUGUAUACACUUGUCAUGACCGACCCUGACGCUCCCAGCCGGGCCAACCCCAGGCUCCGAGAAUUUCACCAUUGGCUGGUAGGAAACAUCCCUGGGAACGAGAUCCAGGAUGGAGAGACUCUGUCCCAGUACAUCGGGUCAGCACCUCCCAGAGGACGCGGCCUACAUCGGUACGUCUUCCUGGUCUACAAGCAGCCGGGAACACUGGAGUUUGACGAAAGAAGACUGGGCAACACCUCCAUGGCACACAGGAGCCGGUUCCACACCAGGGUGUUUGCCACCAAGUACAACCUGGGUGAUCCUGUAGCCGGCAACUUCUACCAAGCAGAGUGGGACGACUGGGUACCCAGACUGUAUGCCGCUAUGGCACAGUGAUUGAGAAACAUUCGUUGCAUCGUUAGUUGUCAACUCUUCGUGUUUAACCUUCGUCACGAAGUUAGCGGCUGCUAUGCUUGCUUAUCGUUAAGUAGUGGUAUAAGUGGAAACAAUAAGUUACUGUCUGUCAAUCGACUGUUGUACUGACAUGGGGUGUGAAAUUUGCCAUGUGGAUAAGAUGAGGAAGGCAAUAGAAUGAUAUAUAUAUUUGACCAGUCAUCGUUGGUCACCUUUUUGCAACGCACGUGUGACACUUACCUGAUAAAAUAA